AUGGUGAAAGAUACAAAACUUUAUGAUUUGCUAGGCGUCCAGCCCACGGCAAACGAGACUGAAUUAAAGAAAGGGUACCGCAAGGCCGCUUUAAAAUACCACCCCGAUAAGCCCACGGGAGACGCGGAAAAAUUCAAGGAAAUCUCCGAAGCAUUCGAGAUUUUGAACGACUCCAACAAACGUGAAGUCUAUGACACGUACGGUCUAGAAGCAGCCAGAAGUGGUGGGCCUGCAUUUGGCGGUGCUGGCGGUCCAGGCGGUCCUGGAGGUGGCGCCGGUGGGCACCCAGGAGCUGGCUUUGGCGGUGCACAUGCGUUCUCUAACGAAGAUGCGUUCAAUAUUUUCUCGCAAUUCUUUGGCGGAGGCGGUGGUCCCUCCGGAGGCGCAUCUCCCUUCGGAUUCGGAGGUGAAGAAUCUUUUGGUGGAUUCCCAGGCGGAGGCCAAGGCGGGUUUUCCUCGGGCGGGUUCCCUGGUGGAGCAAGCUUCCGUUCAACUGGAGGAAUGCCUGGAGGUGGUAUGCCUGGUGGGUUCCAGUCUGGUACGUCGUCUCCACCACCGGAGGAGCCCACAGUCCAGGUUAACCUCCCAGUUAGCCUCGAGGAUUUGUUCCAGGGCAAAAAGAAGUCUUUUAAAAUUACUCGUAAAGGUCCCGGAGGUAGUUCCGAGAAACAACAGGUUGAUGUUCAAUUGAAACCUGGCUGGAAAGCAGGCACGAAAAUUACUUACAAAAAUGAGGGUGAUUACAAUCCUCGUACGGGCCGUAGACAAACCAUGCAGUUCAUCCUACAGGAAAAACCACAUGAGAACUUAAUCAGAGACGGCAACGAUUUGAUAUACUCCUUGCCUUUAACGUUCAAAGAAUCGCUACUGGGAUUUAAUAAGACGAUACAAACUAUUGAUGGAAGGACAUUGCCGAUAUCCAGGGUGCAACCAGUCCAACCCUCCGACGUCUCCAAAUAUCCAGGUCAAGGUAUGCCCAUAGCUAAGACACCAAGUCAACGUGGUGACCUGAUAGUCAAAUACAAAAUAGACUACCCAGUAUCAUUGACCGCAUCUCAAAGAUCUGCAAUCAUGGAAAAUUUCUGA